GCUACCUGUACAUCGCCAUUGAGUAUGCUCCCUACGGAAACCUCCUCGACUUCCUCCGCAAAAGCCGAGUCCUGGAGACAGACCCAGCUUUUGCCAAGGAGCACGGCACCGCCUCCACCCUCACCUCCCAGCAGCUCCUCCAGUUUGCAUCGGACGUGGCCAAGGGCAUGCAGUACCUGAGUGAGAAGCAGUUCAUUCACAGGGACCUGGCAGCCAGGAAUAUCCUGGUGGGAGAAAACCUAGCCUCCAAGAUUGCUGACUUUGGCCUCUCCAGAGGGGAGGAGGUCUACGUGAAGAAGACGAUGGGCCGCUUGCCAGUUCGCUGGAUGGCCAUUGAGUCCCUGAACUACAGUGUGUACACCACCAAGAGCGAUGUGUGGUCAUUCGGCGUCCUGCUCUGGGAAAUCGUCAGCUUGGGGGGAACACCAUACUGCGGGAUGACGUGCGCCGAGCUUUACGAGAAGCUGCCCCAGGGCUACCGAAUGGAGAAGCCACGCAACUGCGAUGAUGAGGUGUACGAGCUGAUGCGGCAGUGCUGGCGCGACCGCCCCUACGAGCGCCCACCCUUUGCCCAGAUCUCCAUGCAGCUCAUCCGCAUGCUGGAGGCCAGGAAGGCCUACGUGAACAUGGCCUUGUUCGAGAACUUCACCUAUGCGGGGAUCGAUGCCACCGCCGAGGAGGCAUGA